GCUGUACAACCCUUUAGGCGGCGUGUUUGUGAAUUGAUCUUGACUUCCUUACAACUGAUUCAACGUCAAUGUCAAGUGGGAGUCAGAAUUCAAGAUGAGCCGUAAGACUCCAAGUGAUUUUCUCAAGCAGAUCAUUGGCCGUCCUGUUGUGGUGAAACUAAACUCAGGCGUUGACUACAGAGGUGUAUUGGCCUGUUUAGAUGGGUAUAUGAACAUAGCCCUGGAACAGACAGAAGAAUAUGUCAAUGGUCAGCUGAAAAACAAAUAUGGAGAUGCCUUUAUCAGAGGAAAUAACGUGUUGUACAUCAGUACACAGAAGAGGAGGGUAUGAGAACAAGGGCAUAGUGACUUUCCCCUGGCUCAGCUCCAGAGCACAAGGGUGUCCCAGUUCUAGUAGCUGAGGUAUGCAGAAUACCUCUUGUGGAUGACCUGGCCAAUUCCAGUGACGAGACUAAAACAUUUACCGUGGCGGAAACACGAUCUGUGGACCCCAAGGGCACAAUUGUCAGGACUGUUCAUGAGGAAAUGAUGUCCUGCCAGAUCUUAGGACUCCUAACUAGUGUGCAGGAAAGCACCAGUCGUCAUUUGAACUUCAUAAUAAACAUGUCAUUGUAGAAA